GCAGUUCUGGUUAAUCUUACUGAAAUAUUUGUCUUGUGCCGAUUGCAACACCUCAAACUGAGACUUUUUUUCCCCCCUAAGGAGCAGCUUCAGAGCUGGUUGCGCAUUCUUCAAAUAGAGGUAGUCAAUCAUCAUUCUUCAAAAUGACCAAAGACCCUUGUCAGGAAUUCCACGUCAGCGCCUCUCUUCGCCGGAAAUCUCAAGCCGAAAAGGUCGUCCAGGCAGAAGGAUGCUUCGGCCUUGCUCUAACACCCAUCUUUAUCGGUAUCUCAGCCGUGCUAUCCGGAUACAAGACGUAUCUGGUUUCUCUCGCAAUCCGCGAUGCGACGUAUCUCAUCGAUUUUACGAUUCAAACCGUCACCGCCCCGGAAGGCAGCAAUGGUCAGGAUUAUCUCGCCGAGUACAUCAUCAAGUCGAUCAGAGGGUAUGAGCACAGAACCUUCACCAAGGCUGUUGGCGCUGGACUUCCCAGUUCUCUGAAAACAACAAGCCCGUCUCUCUGCUCGCGCCUCUGGCUGGAGUUGGAUAUCGUCCCCAUCGUCAUUCAGCAACCUCAUGAGCAUACAGAGAGGAUAGCCCUCUGGCUUAGCAAGCGGGUGGACGAACAAGCCGAUUCAAUGGCGAGAAAAUGCAUUAUGAAUUUUGGCCCUUCACUGGCUCCUCUUCUACAAGUCGCGUGGCGCGGCAUUGUCGAAGUCGAUGCAUCGUUCCAGGCGCCGCUCAUCUCUCUCGAGGAUUACAAGACUACCUGCAGUUUUGCGUCUUGGGAGACAGUCAUGCAUUAUGCAAAGACUCUACGGAAGCACAAGACCAAGAUUGCGUUCUUCAGUAGCACUCCCCAAGGUGGAGGCGUCGCUUUGAUGAGGCAUGCUCUCGUCAGAUUCUCUCGCGUCAUGGGAGUCGAUCUGCGCUGGUACGUGCCUAAGCCUCACCCGGGCGUGUUUCGCGUCACCAAGAACAUCCACAAUACUCUUCAAGGGGUGAGCCCCAAGGAUCAGUUCAUUUCAGAAGAGGAAAAGAGUUCCAUACGCGAAUGGAUUACCGACAACGGAGAUCGAUAUUGGUUCUCUGAGGGAGGGCCAUUAUGCCGACCAGAAAAAGGCGGCGCCGACAUUGUCAUUAUCGACGACCCUCAGAUGCCGUGCCUCAUUCCGCUCAUCAAGAAGCUCACGCCAUCUCGGCCAGUCUUUUAUCGAUCACAUAUCCAGAUCCGGACAGACCUUAUCAAAGAUCCCAAUUCUCCUCAGGCAGACGUUUGGGACUUCCUCUGGCAGAACAUCAAGCACGCGGACCUCUUCAUCAGCCACCCAAUGCCUUCAUUUGUGCCACAUAAUGUGCCGCGGGAGAAGGUGCUGUAUAUGCCCGCGACAACGGAUUGGUUGGAUGGGUUGAAUAAGCCGAUGGAGAUUUGGGAUACAGGAUACUACGGUCACCUUUACAACAUCAAGUGCCGCUCGGAGAGAAUGACAGAGCUACAAUGGCCAAGAAGGAAAUACAUUAUCCAGGUGUCCCGGUUCGAUCCUGCCAAGGGGCUGCCGACAGUCAUUGACGCCUAUGCCUGCUUCCGUGAGCAGCUUGAAAAGCACGGAGGCAUCAGUGCCCCUCAGCUUGUCAUUUGUGGAAACGCUUCCGUAGAUGACCCCGAUGGCACGACCAUCUAUGACCAGGUCAUGACCCAGUUGGAAACCGAAUAUCCUCACCUCUUGGCCGACGUGAGUGUCAUGCGCUUGGACCCUUGCGACCAGCUGUUGAACUGCCUCAUGGCAAAUGCUCAUGUCGUCCUUCAACUGUCGACGUAUGAAGGGUUCGAAGUCAAAGUUUCCGAGGCGCUCCACGCUGGCCGCCCUGUGAUCGCUUCAUUUGCAGGGGGAAUUCCCCUUCAAGUCAAAGACAAGAUCAACGGAUUCCUUGUCCAACCGGGCGACUCAAGGGCUGUCGCUGGCCAUUUGAUGGAGCUGUUUACCGAUACCAAGCUACAUGAACGAAUGUCGCAAGCUGCAAAGACCGGCGUUAGCGACGAAGUUGGCACAGUCGGCAACGCCUUGUCUUGGUAUUAUCUGACGUCUAAAUGGGCACAGAAAGGGCCAAAGCUAGAACUGCUUGGGAACGAACAGUGGGUCAACGAUAUGGCCCGGAACGAAGCUGGCCAACCCUAUAAUGAAGGCGAGAACCGCUUACCGCGCAGCUUCACUCAGCUUUAGUCGCACAGUCAUUCAUCGAAGAGAAGACUAACAAUCUGGUACAUUCCAUACAAUUGUUACCAUAGUAUCUGCCAUGGCUGUUGAAUAGACGUAUGCACUGGGGAAACUAGACUGACAAAAUAUUGAACCCAUAU